CCCAUACUUCAGUUUUUCCUUCUUACAGCUAUCCUCAUCGUUUCUCUGCCAUCAUCGGCCAUGAUCCUGCUUUUCUUCUUCCUUCUUUCUCUUCUCUCCCAAACCCAAUCCAAACUCAUCCUCUCUGUAACUCCAAAAAUCCUGUCCAAAUCUGGCGACCAGGUUCUCAUCCGAUGGUCCGGUAUCGAGUCACCAUCGAAGCUCGACUGGCUCGGUCUCUACUCACCCCCCGACUCAACCCACGACAACUUCAUCGGUUACAAAUUCCUUUCCUCUUCCCCAAAUUGGGAAUCAGGGUCGGGAUCCAUUUCUCUACCUCUCACCUCCCUCCGCUCUAACUACUCCUUCCGAAUCUUCCGCUGGACCGAAUCCGAGGUCAACCCGGACCUCCACGAUCAGGAUCAUAAUCCUCUCCCGGUUACACAUCAUUUGUUGGUGGAGUCGGAGAGGGUGGGGUUCGAGUCGGGUCGUGGACCGGAGCAGAUCCACUUGGCGUUGACUGGUCGGGAAGGGGAGAUGCGGGUGAUGUUCGUAGCGGAGGACCCUGCGGAGAGGCACGUGAGGUAUGGGGAGAGGGAAGGAGAGUGGGAAGGUGGCGUGGCGGUGGCAAGUGCGGUGAGGUAUGAGAGGGAAGACAUGUGUCAUGGCCCAGCUAAUGAGAGCGUUGGCUGGAGAGAUCCUGGUUGGAUAUUUGACGCGGUUAUGAAGGGUUUAAAGGGUGGGAUCAAAUACUAUUAUCAGGUUGGAAGCGAGUCUAAAGGUUGGAGCAGUACACGCAGCUUUGUCUCUUGGGACACAAGUUUAAACGAAACAACAGCCUUCCUAUUUGGAGACAUGGGAACUGCUACACCAUACUUAACCUUUAGUCGUACACAAGAUGAAAGCAUAUCAACCAUUAAGUGGAUCCUACGUGACAUUGAAGCUAUUGGAGACAAGCCUAUUUUCAUUUCUCAUAUUGGGGAUAUCAGCUAUGCAAGAGGCUACUCAUGGUUGUGGGAUGAAUUUUUCAACUUAAUUGAGCCUGUUGCCUCCAAGGUGCCAUAUCAUGUGUGCAUUGGUAAUCAUGAAUAUGAUUGGCCUUCACAGCCUUGGAAACCUGAGUGGUCCAAUACAAUUUAUGGAACAGAUGGCGGUGGUGAAUGUGGGGUGCCAUACAGCCUUAGAUUCAAUAUGCCUGGCAACUCUUCAGAACCAACUGGAACCCUUGCUCCAGCUACACGAAACCUUUACUACUCAUUUGAUAUGGGGCCAGUUCAUUUUGUUUACAUGUCAACUGAAACCAAUUUCCUCCCUGGAAGCAGCCAAUAUAAUUUUCUGAAGCAUGAUCUAGAGUCAGUUGAUCGGACAAAGACCCCUUUUGUUGUAGUUCAAGGGCAUAGACCAAUGUACACUACAAGCUAUGAAAGUAGAGAUGCCCCAUUGAGGGAGAGAAUGCUUGAGCAUUUGGAACCUUUGUUCGUGAAAAACAAUGUGACCCUUGCAUUAUGGGGCCAUGUCCACCGGUACGAGAGGUUUUGUCCACUGAAGAACUUUACGUGUGGAAGCAUGGGGCUAAAGUGGGAAGGCUGGGAGGCAUUACCUGUCCAUGUUGUGAUUGGGAUGGCUGGACAAGACUGGCAACCAACUUGGGAACCUAGACCAGACCAUCCACAUGAUCCAGUCUUCCCACAACCCAAGAGGUCUUUGUACCGCACGGGUGAGUUUGGGUACACUAGAUUGGUUGCUACAAAAGAGAAGCUUAUACUUUCUUUCGUAGGAAACCAUGAUGGGGAGGUGCAUGACAUGGUUGAGAUUUUAGCAUCUGGGCAAGUUAUUAAUGGUGGUGACAGUGACAGUGGUAAAGUUGGUGCAGCCCUUAAGGAUGAGGUGAUGCAGUACUCAUUUUCACGUUAUGUCUGGGGUGGUAGUGUCUUGGUGCUCGGCGGUUUUGUUGGCUAUGUUCUUGGUUUUGUUUCGCGUGCUAGGAAUCGAGCUGCCUCAGGAAGGGGCUGGACUUCCUUGAAAAGUGAGGAGAUAUGAAAUACAAGACGAAAGAUUAUGUGUGAAGGGCACCAUGAAGAAAAUUCUUGUAUCAUUCCAUUUAUACCAAUUGAGUAGAUCAGUAAUGACAAAUGUAUGGUCCGGAUGGGAGAGAAAAUGGAAAAAGAAAUGUUAAAACUUCAUACAGUUAUGUGAAGCAAAUUUGGUAAGCUAUGCAACCUCUCACUUGGCAAGCAAAUGACGUGCACGUUGGUUGGCACCUUUCACUCGAGAGUUCAGUUAAUCCACAUCAUCUUGGAGAUGAUCAAGAGCUUUAUUUUGUCUGCAAUUACCAAAUCAUUUAACAAUAAUAUGAGACAGGGUAUGUAACUGAGAAUGGGUGGAAAUUACAUUAAAAUGCAGAUUUUGAAGCAGUGUAGAAGUUAACAAGUACAUGGACAUAAUAAGAGCGAGACAACAGACCUUUCAAGUUCAGAUCCCAUCUCGGCAGCCAUGCAGUUUAGAUCACCCAAGAUAUUACUUAGAUCUGAAAGUGCAUCAUCUUGCUUUGCCUUCUCAAGCUGGAGUUAGAUAACCAAUUAAUAUCACUGCAAUAGCGGAAUUUUACCAAAAUUUGUACGCACAAGAUAGUACUAACCUCAACUUUCUGUAUGGCAUUAGUUGGUUCAGGAGGAGGUGUCCUACUUCCCGGCUGAGCUUUAGGUACAGGGGCCAGACCCAACUUUUCUCUCUGCUUCUUGUGGUUUUCACUUUUAUUAGAUGACUUGUUUGCCAAAGCAAUGCAUGAAACAAUCAAAUCAUUGUAAAAUCCAAUUGACAUCCAUCCA